AUUCUUAUAAAGGUGCGCGCGCCUACAUUGCAUAUGUCGCUGGAAUGAAUAGCCCAGGAGUAUUCUAUAUUGGACGCCAGCAACAUAAUCAGCCAAUCACACAUCACACAACAGGAUAUACAUCCAAUACAAGGCUAUUGCCCAUCCAUUGUACAUAUCCUGACAUCCAUCGCCAGUUCGGACCCCAUCCAUCUAUACCACUGGCAGCACUUGGUCACCAUUGAUGGUCAUCUGCCUACGGGAUUUUUAAUAUCAUUGGGUUAUUUUGGAUUCAAGGAGCUGAUAUGGAAGCAGCAGGAGUUGUAUCCAGGGACUGAAUCAGCACAGGGGCACCGACUGGGAUGAACAAAGUGAAUUAACCUCGAUGUCCUUGGCACCCGCUCGCUGCGACUCUUCUAUCGAACAGGCAAUGGCGUCUACAAAUAUCUUUGACCUCCUCAACGACGACGCUCAGGAUCAGGAGAUCCAGAUCCCUGUUGUCAAGAAGGAAGCCAAGCCCGCGGCCAAGCCCGCUGCCGCUGCCUCCAAGCCCGUCGACAACAAGGCUCCCCGUAAGGAUGGCGCCCGCAACAACAAGCCCAGAGACGGUGACGACCGUGCUCCCCGUGGACCCCGCUUCGACCGCGUUCCCCGUGAUGGUGCUGCUCCCCGCGCUCCCCGUGCUCCCCGUGCUCCCCGCGGCGGUCGCCAUGGUGGCCUCGACCGCCACUCCGGCACCGGUAUCCACGAGAGUGAGAACAAGGAGAACAACCGCUUGGGCGACCCCGCCAUCGCCGCUCUCGAGGGAGAGAAGGAUGCUGCGUUGAACGCCGAGACUGCUGUCGCCUCUACCCCCGAGCCCGUUGAGCCGGAGGUUGUUGUCAAGACUCUUGACGACUACCUGGCUGAGAAGGCCGCCAAGGCCCUCAAGGUGGCUCUUCCCGAGGCCCGUGCCGCCAACGCAGGCGCUGAUGAUUCCCAGUGGAAGGACGCCAAGGUCCUCGAGGUCGAGGAGACCGGUGACUUCAUUAAGAUGGGCAAGGAGUCUGUUGCCAAGUCUCGCAAGGGCAAGAAGGAGGCCAAGGUCUUGAUCAAGGAUAUCGAGGUUCGCUACACCGAGCCUGCCCGUGAGCAGUCUGCUCCUCGCGGUGCCUUCCGUGGUGCUCGUGGUGGUGAGCGCAGUGUCCGUGGCGGUGACCGUGCCCGUGGCGCUCGUGGCGGCAACAACGGCGCUGCCCCUCGCCGCGGUGGUGCUCCCCGCGGCGCUGCCGUCAACGUUGACGACCAGGAGCUCUUCCCCAGCCUGGGCUCCAAGUAAAGAUGUUUUUUUCUAAACUAAUAUAAAAAAACACAUUUGUCGUAAUACUCACUUUGAAAGAGAAUGAACGCGUC